GGACGCGUUUGUAUAUUUUUCACAAGUUCCAAGUCGAAGGUUUUCUGUGCGAUAGAUUCUAUGUAAAUCACUCGAUUCGUUGUUCUAUAUACCCUGAUUCGAUUAGUCACAAGUCAAAUCAAGAACCUGGUUGUUUCGACCAGCCAGUCGUCCCUGUGCAGUGAGCUCUGAGUCGGCGCCGCCAUGUCGGACGUGCUGGACAUUCUCGAGGUGGACCGCGGCGGCGCGGCCUCCUCCGAGAUCAACCGGGAGAAGAUAAUCGGCCCGCAGCGGGUGGCCAAACGGCCGGGCGCGCCGCGCGGCAGCCGCCGGCCCGAGGGCAUCAACCGAGAGCUGUACGCACUGCUCUACUCGGACAACAAGGAGCACCCGCCGCUCUUCCCCACCGAGGAUGUCAACAAGGGCUACAAGCAGACGAAGGCGAAGCUGGGGAUGCGCCGGGUGCGCCCGUGGCGGUGGACGCCGUUCACGAACCCGGCGCGGUCAGACGGCGCCGUGCUGCACCACUGGCGGCGCGUCGCCGACGAAGACAAGGAGUACGCCUUCGCCAAGUUCAACAAGAAGGUGGACGUGGUGUCUUUCACGGACCAGGAGUACCAGCGUCAUCUGCAGGCAGACGGCUGGUCCAAGGCCGAGACGGAGCACCUCUUCGACCUCUGCCGCCGGUUCGACCUCAGGUUUAUCGUGAUGCAGGACCGCUGGGACCGGGCCAAGUACGCCGACCGAUCGGUGGAGGACCUCAAGGGCCGCUACUACAGUAUCUGCAGCACGCUCAACAAGGUGGGUGACCCGUACCGUCGACAGACAGCCAGCGGGACGGUCCGUGGGGUGUGGUAG